UGAGCUCAAUAAGUCUGGGCCAGCGCUAAAACCCCCAUUAAGCCCUACCUCUGUAGACUGUAGUCUGUAAUCGGCGCCUGAGAUCCGCAUAACAGUUUCGCUACACUUCCGCAUUUUGUCAUGGCCUCCUUCGCCGCCAGGUCUGUCUUGCGCUCCGCCCGAAGCUCCGCCGCCAGAAUCUCCGUCGGCGUCAAGCCGAGGACUUCUCCAUCUCCAUUUCGCGUCCCAUCCCAAAAUCCGCUCUCCGCUCGCAUUUUCAGGUCGCCCGUGGAGAUGAGCUGUGUUAGCUUGGCUUCGAUGUUGCCGUACCACACUGCGACUGCCUCGGCGGUGCUUACCUCGAUGCUUUCCGUUGCUCCUCGUACCCACGCUUGGACUAUCGAGGGGCAAGAAAGGACUAGAUGAAGGUCAUGAAAAGAAGGUGACGGGAUUUUAUUCUUUAUCUGAUGAAAACAAUGUAGAAUGUCAUGUCUACCAAUUGAUAGACGAGGUAGUCAACCCUAUAUCUGUAUACAAUUUCCUUAAUUAUAGUUUUAUAAAAGGCCCCAUCUAUGUAGCCCUUCCAGUCAGGUGUAGGGAGCUAUUAGAGAAAGAAAAAAGAGAGAAAAGAAACUUUGAAAUUAACCUUAGUUUGCAAUCUCAGAUGCUGUUUUCCUGAGUUGGACCUGUGACUCUGGGUGAAAUAUGAGUAACCUGUCUUUAUUGCCCCAAUGCGUAACUUAAUAAUCACAAGUUGAUUGAGUGGCAAGGAUUCCACUGCAUUUGGUUUCGAGUUCUGAAUUUCUCAAGUGUUCAGUUGAAAUUUUGUACUAUUAAGUAAUUUGAGUCAAGAAGAUAGUCCUUUAUGCUUGAGUUUUGUGGGAUUUGUGGCAGAAAUUUUCCAGAAACUGCUAGUGUAUGUCACUGUGGUAGAAUUGUUAGUAUGGGUUUUGAUAGAUUUGCUUUAGCUGCAGUUUAUAAUAGUACAAGAAAUCAGAUCGCUCACAAUUAUCUUGCCACCAUAUGAAGCAGGGAUCUGGCUUUUGCAACUCAAACAAUGCAAAUUUUACUGAACCAUGGCUGAGUUGUUCAGUGGAAUUGGAAACUUUGUCAGAAAUACUGGUUUUUUUAGACAUGGAUUUAUUCUCUUUUAUUCUUUCCCACCGUUAGGAAAUAUAUAUACAAAAUUCAUGAGCUAUCACAUUAAAAUAUCAUCAAUUGCUCUAAACUAGAAUAUGGGUGUUGGUGGGAGGUCUUCCAUGCUUAACAUAGAUGUCAGUUUCCUUGUGAAAUAGUACCGAGCAAUAAUGUUGGCCUAAUUUUCAUGUCUUUUUUUCUUCGGAAUACAUUUUACUAGAGUGUUCCCAAUUGUUGUAAGUUGGAAAUCUUGAUGCAUAACUUUCUGAUACGUGUAAUCCAAAGUUGUAAUCUGCAGGACUAGGGCGUUUUAUUGAUCACCUGCUGAUGGAUUAUAGGUUUAAUAGUCCCUCGUCUUCUGUCAUGUUGGUUCUCCAUAAUACUUCUGCUUGAUGUUUUAGUUUAUCCAUUUUUGAUCUUUUGUCGUGCCCCUCAUGUUACAUAACUGAAUGCAACAUGCAUAAUGAAGUUAUAAAAUCUUGAAACAUGUAACACCUUCAUUAUAUUGAGUACUGAAAUUAACAAAUCAGGCAUACUCUACGAUACUUUGUUUUAUGCCGGAAAUGUUUGGUUUUUUUCAUGAACAUUUUGGCUUUACUUAAUUAUUGAAUAAUGGGAAUCACAACUUAGUCAUAAGAUGAACACAUCACAUUUAUGAGAAUCUAUCUUCGAGUUUUACUUAUUUGGCUAAAUUAAUGCUUAUUUAGCCGUAUAAAUACCAUGCUAAUAAUAUGUUUUAUUCAUCAGCUUGCAACGAGGGGGUAUGAUGACUGUUGGAUGGUCCUGCAAAGUAUUAUUCGCAUGUGCACUAGGACAAUGUCUGAUAAAUAGAGUCGUGAAUGAGCUCAGCACAAGAGAUCACCAAUUUUUUUGGAUUCUUUUUGUGUUUUACUAGACUAUCAUGGGGAGAUAAGAGUUGCUUGUUGAUUUGUUAUAGUGGGUAGAAAUCUGAAUUAUUUUAAAUUGUGGCAUCUAUUCCUUGAGAUGUGGUAAUUGUUACUAUUAUAUACAUCAUGCUCCAGGUGCAAAAUUGUUUUGUUUAUUCAGGAGGGAAUCCUUGCUAUACUAUUUGUAUACCGUGAAUUAUGCACAACCUGAUCAUAUUUUUUCUUAAGCCCAAACACUUUACAGACUACAAUGUGCAUGACCUGCUAUCUGUUUGAUCAUGACCUUUUGACUUGGGCUUCUUUUUCUUUCUAGGGUUGUGAUAACUGCUCAUCGGCUGAUAUUCGGAUUGAAGAUAUUCCAAAUUGUGUCAAUUAGUUUAUGUUGAAGUUGUAUUAUCUCAAAAAACUAAAUAAUUAACUAGCAUAUUGGGAUCAUAAACUUAUUUUUGUCUUUCUUUUUUAUUGAAUUCUCAGGCAUGUAUCAAAAAUUCUUGUUCAUUUCAACUAUUGGCUAUAAGAAAUUUUGUUUUUCUUUA